AUGGCCAACAGCAGCUCCAUCCCCCACUUCCUCCUGCUGCCAUUGCCAGGCACAAGGCAGCUGCAGCUCUUGCACUUCUGCCUCUUCCUGGCCAUCUACCUGGCUGCCCUGCUGGGCAAUGGCCUCAUCAUCACCACCAUAGCCUCUGACCACCACCUCCACACCCCUAUGUACUUCUUCCUCCUCAACCUCGCCCUCCUUGACCUGGGUACCAUCUCCACCACUGUCCCCAAAUCCAUGGCCAAUUCCCUGAGGAACACCAGGGACAUCUCCUAUUCAGGAUGCAUUGCUCAGGUCUUGUUCUUUCUUUCCUUUAUCACAGCAGAGGUUUCUCUCCUCACCAUCAUGUCCUACGAUCGCUACAUUGCCAUCUGCAGACCCCUGCGCUAUGAGACUCUCCUGGGCAGCAGAGUUUGUGACGUGUCUCUCCAGGCCGAGGAUGGUGUUACGAGCAGUGGCAUGAGGUACUGGGCUCUGCUGCACAUAGCCAAUACAUUUUCCCUGCCCCUCUACCAGGGCAAUGUUGUGGACCAGUUCUUCUGUGAAAUCCCCCACAUCCUCAAGCUCUCCUGCUCCACAUUCAACCUGAGGAAAAUCGGGCUUAUUGUGGUCACUAUCUGCCCAGGAUUUGUCUGUUUUGUGUUCAUUGUGGUGUCCUAUGUGCAGAUCUUCAGGGCAGUGCUGAGGAUCCCCUCUCAGCAGGAAUGCCACAAAGCCUUUGCCACCUGCCUGCCUCACCUGGCUGUGGUCUCCCUGUUUCUCAGCACUGGCUUCUUUGCCUACCUGAAGCCCCCUUCCAUCUCCUCCCCAUCCGAGGAUCUGGUUGUGUCAGUUCUGUACUCAGUGGUUCCUCCAGCAGUGAACCCUCUCAUCUACAGCCUGAGGAACCAGGAGCUGAAGGCUGCCCUGAGCAAA